CCAAACCUCCACCGGCUCUCCGAAACCUAGCCGGAGCCACCAAUAUUACAUAUCUCUUAGUCGACCCUAGCAGGAUGAGCAGCGGCGAAUUUCUCAGCAUCGAGCCUCAUGAGAUUCAGUUUCCCUUUGAAUUGAGAAAGCAGAUUUCCUACUCUCUAAACUUGUCUAACAAGACCGACAAUUAUGUGGCUUUUAAGGUCAAAACGACGAACCCAAAAAUGUACUGUGUAGGGCCAAACACUGGAGUUGUGCUUCCUAGAUCUACGUGCAACGUUAUUGUUACAAUGCAAGCUCAAAAAGAAGCACCUCCGGAUAUGCAGUGCAAAGAUAAGUUUUUACUACAGAGUGUGGUCGCUAAUCCUGGUGCUACACCCAAGGAUAUAACUCCAGAUAUGUUUAAUAAGGAAUCCGGGCAUAAAGUUGAGGAGUGCAAAUUAUUGGUUGUUUAUGUAGCACCUCAUCGGCCUCCUUCCCCUGUUAGAGUAGGAUCUGAAGAAGGCUCUUCACCUAGGGCUUCAGUUUCAGACAGUGGUAGCUUUAGUGUUGCAGAACUUUCAUCUGUGAGUUUCCUUUCCGCUAUGUUUGACAUGGAAUGGUGUUUUGACUUCACUGAGUGGUAA